AGCGUGGUUACACAUAUCCACGUGGUAAUAAUCCUUUCUCUUCUUCGGAACUUAGCGGGUUGUCUGAUUAGUCCUCAGUGAAGCUCAAAUCUGCCGAGAGGGCCUUAAAUCAGGAACAUAACAUGGCAAACGAUGAAGUUAACCCAAAGGCCUUCCCAUUGGCUGAUCCACAACUGACGGUGACCAUCCUUGAUCUCCUUCAGCAAGCUUCCUCAUACAAACAGCUCAGGAAGGGAGCUAAUGAAGCCACCAAGUGCCUCAACCGUGGUAUUGCUGAGUUUAUUGUUAUGGCAGCAGAUACAGAACCACUAGAAAUAUUGCUUCACCUUCCCCUCUUGUGUGAAGAUAAGAAUGUGCCUUAUGUAUUUGUUCGUUCCAAGCAGGCUCUUGGUAGAGCAUGUGGAGUGUCACGCCCUGUCAUAGCAACUGCAGUCACUAUCAAUGAAGGAUCUCAGCUUAAACCACAGAUUCAGUCACUUCAGCAGUCAAUCGAAAAACUUUUGAUAUAAAACUCUGUACACUUCUCUGUUGUUAUUUUUAUUGUUGCUCUCUAAAUCCUUAUCAAUAAAAGAAAUUGUCAACAAAGUG